AGGGCCACUAUAAAAUUCGAGGCGAUUCUCAGUAUCGACAUCAGUCUUUCAAUCGGGACUAACCAAACAUACACACCCAUCUUCAAAAUGAAAACCAUCAUUGCUUUUGCCGCCUUUGUCGCUAUUGCUGUAGCAGUUCCUCUAUCAAAAUAUCAGGAAGCAGUCGUCGUGAAAGAAACUCCUUCUGAUAAUAUCGGUCUUGGCGGUUAUAACUACGGUUACCAACUUUCCGACGGACAAGCUAAACAGGAAUCUGCAGAAUCAGUCGUUGGUGGAUCUGAUGGACAAUUCCUGAGAGCUCAGGGCAGCUUCUCCUUUGUCGAUCCAAAAACCAAUGUUGCUUACACUGUGAACUACGUUGCCGACGAGAAUGGUUUCCAUCCACAGGGAGAACAUCUUCCCCAUGUUUAAAUGAAACAAAUAUUUGACAUAUGACAUUCACCAAUUGCCACACUCCAAGUACCAUCUAUGAAUUAAGACGAAAACUGCAAUUACAUUAAAUUGAUUUUGUUGUUGUUGAAAUCUAUAUUGUACAUAUUUUAUAUGUAUCUCACCAUAAAAACAAUUGUACAAAUGUACAGUAGUACAUUUCUGUUCUGUAACAUACUUAUGUUAAUGUUUAACAAAUACUAUAAUUAUUAAACAA